AUGCCGGAUAAAGUGGAAACUACCUUAAUGCUCAUAGCAGCUGGAGAGUUUUCAAUGGGGAUUUUAGGGAAUGUAUUCAUUGGAUUGGUAAACUGCAUGGGCUGGAUCAAGAAUAGGAAGAUCACCUCCAUUGAUUUAAUCCUCACAAGUCUGGCCAUAUCCAGAAUUUGUCUAUUAUGUAUAAUACUAUUAGAUUGUUUCAUAUUGGUGCUGUAUCCUGAUGUGUAUACUGCCGGUAAACAAAUGAGAAUUAUUGACUUCUUCUGGACACUAACCAACCAUUUAAGUGUCUGGUUUGCCACCUGCCUCAGCAUUUUCUAUUUCCUCAAGAUUGCAAAUUUUUACCAUCCCCUUUUCCUCUGGAUGAAGUGGAGAAUUGACAGCGUGAUUCCUAGGAUCCUGCUGGGGUGCUUGGCCCUCUCUGUGUUUAUUAGCCUUGUUGUGACUGAGAAUUUGAAUGAUGAUUUCAGGCGUUGUGUUAAGACAAAGAAGAAAGCAAACGUAACUGUGAGAUGCAGAGUAAAUAAAGCUCAGUAUGCUUCCAUCAAGAUUUGCCUCAACCUGUUAACGCUCCUCCCUUUUUCUGUAUCCCUGAUCUCAUUUCUCCUCUUGAUCCUCUCCCUCUGGAGACAUAACAGGCAGAUGAAGGUCAAUGCCACCGGCUGCAGAGACUUCAACAUAGAAGCCCACGUGGGAGCCAUGAAAGCUGUCAUCUCCUUUCUCCUUCUUUUCAUUGCCUACUAUUUGGCCUUUCUCGUAGCUACCUCUAGCUACUUUAUGCCAGAGACUGAAUUAGCAGUGAUCAUUGGUGAAUUAAUAGCUCUAAUCUAUCCCUCAAGCCAUUCAUUUAUCCUAAUUCUGGGGAGCAAUAAACUAAGACAGGCAUCACUAACAGUGCUAUGGAAAGUAGAGUAUAUUCUAAACAGAAGAAAUUUCUAACACCAUGAACAGAUCGGAAGGCCCAACUAUCAUUUACUAGGACGAAAGAAGACAUGAUGUUUCUUAGUUGUCUUUGGUUCUUGCAUUAAUGUUGGUUUCAUAUGGUUAAUUGUGCUUAAAUGUAUUUAGUAUAUCUAUAAUUAUUACUUAGGAAAUCUCAUGUAGAUCUGAUUUUGCCUCUUUCUCUUAGUCUCUUUCUUCUCUCUCUCUCUCCCUCCUUUCAGAGUUUUUUCUUUAAACAUGUUUUGGAACAUAUAAAAGUUAAUAUCUUAAUAUUAACUGUCAGAGGAGAGAAUAUUUUCAUAGUUAGUUCUAAAUCAUUUCUCUAGAUGCAAAAUUGUACAACUAAUUCAGAACAACUGUAAUAGUAUCUAGUUGUUAUUUGCAUCCCUAUGAAAAGCAGCUCACUCAUCCCCAUGGUCCUAGUUAGGUUUUCUCCACAGACCAUCCAACUAGACUCCACCUUUGAAAAAAGUUCAAUAUGGUGACAGUUCUUAAUCAAAUGUUAUGCAAUUGUGUGAAUGUGGCAGAAAAU